UUUUGACGCAUGCGCGUCUCACCGCUGUCCAGGGCCGGGUAUCAUGGCGACGUACGUGGACAUCCUGAAGAGCGAGUUUCCUGAGAUCGACUCGGAGCUUUUCGACUACAUCACAGGCGUUUUGGACAGCGGAGCAGAUUUCGAGGAUGGCGAGGAGGUCUACGACGCCAUCGGAGGAGUUCUGCAGGACGUCUCGGCCGACAGCAAGAACGAAGACGACAUCCGAGACAUCUGCCUCCAGAUGUUCAACACCCUCAAACUGAACAACCUUCACGGCUCUCAGAAGCAGGUGCUGUUGGACGCUCCUGUUCAGCUCUCUCAGAUCUCUGCAGACAACGUUUCUGCAGACAAAGAUGUUCAAGGCAUCUGGAUGAUGAAACGUCCUCAGAACACAACGGUCGAUGCCAAGAAGUUGGAGAAAGCCGAAGCAAAGCUGAAAGCAAAACAUGAACGCAGGAACGAGAAGGACUCCCAGAAAGCCUCCGGUCCACUGGUCCUGGAGGAGGCGUCGGCCAGUCAGGCGAGCAGUAAGAAAGACAACCGAGUCGACCAAUCAGGGAAGAACCGGAGCUAUGACAUUCGCAUCGAGAACUUUGACGUUUCGUUUGGAGAGAGGUGUCUGCUGCAGGGGGCGGAGCUUUCUCUGGCGUCGGGCCGGCGGUACGGCCUGAUUGGUCGUAACGGUCUGGGGAAGACGACGCUGCUGAAGAUGCUGGCGAGUCGAAACCUCCGCGUCCCAGGACACAUCUCCAUCCUGCACGUGGAACAGGAAGUGGCCGGCGACGAGACGACGGCGCUGCAGAGCGUCCUGGAGAGCGACACGCAGCGAGAAGAUCUGCUGCACGAGGAGAAGACGCUGAACGCUCGCAUCGCCAACGGAACUGCUGACGGGAUGGAGAGCGUCCGGCUGUCGGAGAUCUACGUCAAACUGGAGGAGAUCGAAGCCGACAAAGCCCCGGCCCGAGCCUCCGUCAUCCUGGCCGGCCUCGGGUUUUCUCCCAGGAUGCAGCAGCAGGCCACCAAGGAGUUCUCUGGAGGAUGGAGGAUGAGGUUGGCGCUGGCCAGAGCUCUGUUCGCUCGACCAGAUCUGCUGCUGCUGGACGAGCCGACCAACAUGUUGGACGUCAGAGCCAUUCUGUGGUUGGAGAACUACCUGCAGACGUGGCAGUCCACCAUCUUGGUGGUCUCCCACGACAGGAACUUCCUGAAUGCUGUGGUAACAGACAUCAUCCACCUGCACUCCCAGAGGCUCGACAGUUACCGUGGCGACUACGAAAACUUUAUCAAAACCAAAGAAGACAGACUGAAGAACCAGCACAGGGAGUACGAGGCCCAGCUGCAGUACAGACAGCACAUACAGGUUUUCAUCGACAGAUUUCGGUACAACGCCAACAGAGCAGCUCAGGUCCAGAGUAAACUCAAACUGCUGGAGAAGCUACCUGAACUGAAGCCCAUCGAAAAAGAAACUGAGGUCACUUUAAGGUUUCCAGAUAACUUUGAGAAGUUGUCGCCUCCCAUCCUGCAGUUAGACGAAGUAGAGUUUUACUACACUCCAGACCAGAGACUCUUCUCUGGACUCAACCUGUCGGCCGACCUCGAGUCUCGGAUCUGCAUCGUCGGUGAAAACGGUGCCGGUAAAACCACCGUCCUCAAACUGCUGAUGGGAGAGUUGACGCCAGUGGGUGGAGUCAGACAAGCUCACAGGAACUUGAAGAUCGGUUACUUCAGUCAGCAUCACGUGGACCAGCUGGACCUGAACGUUUGCUCUGUGGAGCUGCUGCUCAACAAGUUCCCUGGUCGGACGGAGGAGGAGUAUCGCCACCAGCUGGGCGGUUAUGGCAUCACGGGGGAGCUGGCCACGAGGCCGGUGGCCAGUCUGUCAGGAGGACAGAAGAGCCGGGUGGCCUUCGCACAGAUGACCAUGCCAUGUCCAAACUUCUACAUCCUGGACGAGCCGACCAACCACCUGGACAUGGAGACCAUCGAGGCUCUGGCUAAAGCCCUCAACAAGUUCAGAGGCGGAGUCAUCCUGGUUUCCCACGACGAGCGUCUGAUCCGGCUGGUCUGUAAGGAGUUGUGGGUUUGUGAAAACGGGAAAGUUCGGCGCAUUGAUGGCGGCUUCGACGAGUACCGAGACAUCCUGCAGGAGCAGUUCAGGAAGGAAGGUUACCUGUGAGGCCCUGCCCCCCCCACAUCAGUGACCACACCCACCAGUGACCACGCCCACCAGUCACAUUGCCUCACUCCCUCCAUGAUAACACUCGUCACAGCAGCCAAUCAGCCGUCAGAGCGGACUGGAGGACGUUUUCUUCCCUGAACUUUCUCACCUGCUGCUCAGGUGAUCUGCUGCGAGCUGAUUGGCUGUUGUCGGUCACCUGGUGAGGUCACAGCGAACUCUGGAGGAGUCACGAAUCAUGAACAACUCAGAGUUAAUUUAAACCGUCUCAUUGCAGCCAAUUCUGUUUUGUAUCAUCAGACUUUAAUGAGUUUUAAAGGAGCAGACAUCAAACAUUAUAUUUACAUCCAGAGAAAGACAAAUAAAUAAAAACAUCAGAUCAUG